AUGGGCUCGGGGCGCGUGUCCGGGCUCUGCCUGCUCGUCCUGCUGGUUCACGCCCGCGCCGCCCAGCACGGCAAAGCAGCGCAAGAUGUGGAUGAGUGUGUGGAGGGGACUGACCACUGCCACAUUGAUGCCAUCUGCCAGAACACUCCGCGGUCCUACAAGUGCAUCUGCAAGUCCGGCUACACGGGAGAUGGCAAGCACUGCAAAGAUGUGGAUGAGUGUGAACGAGAGGACAACGCAGGCUGUGUGCAUGACUGUGUCAACAUCCCUGGGAACUACCGCUGCACCUGCUAUGAUGGGUUCCACCUGGCGCACGAUGGACACAACUGCCUAGAUGUGGAUGAGUGUGCGGAAGGCAAUGGCGGCUGUCAGCAGAGUUGUGUCAACAUGAUGGGCAGCUACGAGUGUCACUGCCGGGAGGGCUUCUUCCUCAGCGACAACCAGCACACCUGCAUCCAGCGGCCCGAAGAAGGAAUGAACUGCAUGAACAAGAACCAUGGCUGCGCCCACAUUUGCCGCGAGACCCCCAAGGGGGGUAUUGCCUGUGAAUGCCGCCCUGGCUUCGAGCUCACCAAGAACCAAAGGGACUGUAAAUUGACCUGCAACUAUGGCAAUGGUGGCUGCCAGCACACGUGUGAUGACACGGAGCAGGGCCCCCGCUGCGGCUGCCAUGUCAAGUUUGUCCUCCAUACCGACGGGAAGACAUGCAUCGGGGAAAGGCGGCUAGAGCAGCACACCCCCCCUCAGGCCGUUUCUAAUGAGACCUGUGCUGUCAACAAUGGAGGCUGCGACAGUAAAUGCCACGACGCAGCCACGGGCGUCCACUGUAGCUGCCCUGUGGGCUUCAUGCUACAGCCAGACCGCAAGACCUGCAAAGACAUAGACGAGUGCCGGCUGAACAACGGGGGCUGCGACCAUCUUUGCCGCAAUACAGUGGGCAGCUUCGAAUGCAGCUGCAAGAAGGGCUACAAGCUGCUCAUCAAUGAGAGGAACUGCCAGGAUAUAGAUGAGUGCUCCUUUGAUCGAACCUGUGACCACAUUUGUGUCAACACGCCAGGAAGCUUCCAGUGUCUCUGCCAUCGUGGCUACCUGCUAUAUGGUGUCACCCACUGUGGUGAUGUGGACGAGUGCAGCAUCAACCGAGGAGGCUGCCGCUUUGGUUGCAUCAACACCCCUGGCAGCUACCAGUGUACCUGUCCAGCCGGCCAGGGCCGCCUGCACUGGAAUGGCAAAGAUUGUACAGAGCCAGUGAAGUGUCAGGGAAACCCUGGAGCCUCAAAGGCCAUGCUCAGCUGCAAUCGAUCUGGCAAGAAGGACACCUGUGCCCUGACCUGCCCCUCUCGGGCCCGGUUUUUGCCAGAGUCUGAGAAUGGCUUCACAGUGAGCUGUGGCACCCCGAGUCCUAAGGCUGCCCCAGCCCGAGCCGGCCACCCCGGGAAUAGCACCAGUUCCAGCCACUGCCAUGAGGCUGCAGCCCUGUCGGUUAAACAGCGGGCCUCCUUCAAGAUCAAGGAUGCCAAGUGCCGUUUACACCUGCGAAACAAAGGCAAACCGGAGGAGGCCAGCAGAGUCCCAGGGCCAGGUGGCGCCCCCUGCUCUGACUGCCAGGUUACUUUCAUCCAUCUCAAGUGUGACUCCUCUCGGAAGGGCAAGGGCCGGAGGGCUCGGACCCCUCCAGGCAAGGAGGUCACCCGACUCACCCUGGAACUGGAGGCAGAAGUGAGAGCUGAAGAAACCACAGCCAGCUGCGGGUUGCCCUGCCUCCGCCAGCGGAUGGAACGGCGACUGAAAGGAUCCCUGAAGAUGCUCAGAAAGUCCAUCAACCAGGACCGCUUCCUGCUGCGCCUGGCUGGCCUUGACUACGAACUAGCCCACAAGCCCAGCCUGGCAGCCGGAGAGCGCGCAGAGCCAGGGGAGGCCUGCAGGCCCGGGCAGCACCGCGCUGGGGCCAAGUGUGUCAGCUGCCCGCAGGGAACGUAUUACCACGGCCAGACGGAGCAGUGUGUGCCAUGCCCAGCGGGCACCUUCCAGGAGAGAGAAGGGCAGCUCUCCUGCGACCUUUGCCCUGGGAGUGAUGCCCACGGGCCUCUUGGAGCCACCAACAUCACCACGUGUGCAGGUCAGUGCCCACCUGGCCAACACUCUGCAGAUGGGUUCAAGCCCUGCCAGCCAUGUCCACGGGGCACCUACCAACCUGAAGCAGGCCGGACCCUGUGUUUCCCAUGUGGGGGUGGCCUCACCACCAAGCAUGAGGGGGCUGUCUCCUUCCAAGACUGUGAUACCAAAGUCCAGUGCUCUCCAGGGCACUACUACAACACCAGCAUCCAUCGGUGUAUCCGUUGUGCCAUGGGCUCCUACCAGCCAGACUUCCGUCAGAACUUCUGCACUCGCUGUCCUGGAAAUACAAGCACUGACUUUGAUGGAUCUACCAGCGUGGCCCAGUGCAAGAAUCGCCAGUGUGGUGGGGAGCUAGGUGAGUUCACUGGCUAUAUCGAGUCUCCCAACUACCCGGGCAACUACCCAGCCGGCGUGGAGUGCAUCUGGAACAUCAACCCCCCACCCAAGCGCAAGAUUCUUAUCGUGGUACCCGAGAUCUUCCUGCCAUCUGAGGACGAGUGUGGGGACGUCCUCGUCAUGAGAAAGAACUCCUCCCCAUCCUCCAUCACCACAUAUGAGACCUGCCAGACCUAUGAGCGGCCCAUCGCCUUCACUGCCCGUUCCCGGAAACUCUGGAUUAACUUUAAGACGAGUGAGGCCAACAGUGCCCGUGGCUUCCAGAUCCCUUAUGUGACCUAUGACGAGGACUAUGAGCAGCUGGUAGAAGACAUUGUGCGGGAUGGCCGGCUCUAUGCCUCUGAAAACCACCAGGAGAUCUUAAAGGACAAGAAGCUAAUCAAGGCCUUCUUUGAGGUGCUGGCCCAUCCCCAGAACUACUUCAAGUACACAGAGAAACACAAGGAGAUGUUGCCAAAAUCCUUCAUCAAGCUUCUCCGGUCCAAAGUUUCCAGCUUCCUGAGGCCCUACAAAUAGUGCCCACAGCCCAAGGACUCAGGUUUUGGAGUCCCCAGACUCCUCAGCCCUCAGAGCUGGCAGCCCCCAACCUUAGACAAGGAACUCUCUCCUCUCUUUGGAGGAAAACUAUCACUACACAGACCAGGCACUCUCCCUUUUUGUCUUUCUCACUUCCUUCUCUCUUCCUCCCUUACU